GGUUGGAAGUUAUGUGAUGGGGGGGGAGAGGAAGUUGAAAUCAUUGCGCAAAUUUCUGACAUAGGUUGGAACAAAUUUGUAAUUCAUCCGCAGGAGGAAAAUUUAGUUUCACAGAAUCAGGACCCGUUAUUAUGGAUUCCGGAGCGACAGCAAAAGUUCCCGUCUCACCAUGGGGAAAGCUGCAGCAACCUUCAGAACCAGUUUGUUUGGCAGAUAUUAUGUCCGAAGAACUGGCCAAAGACUUGCAAAUCAGAGAAGAAGAACGUUAUAAUAAAGACUUGGUGGUGGAACCUGAACCGUUACCGAUCAUAGAAUGUGCUCCAGGUUGUGAUAGUGACUACAUGAUUGCACAAAUGUUACAAGUUCAGUUUGAUAAAGAAUAUGACGACCUGCUCAAGAAGACAGAAGAUAAAUAUAAUGGUUCAUCGAAAGUUUGUAUAUCAUAUUCAAAUUAUCGUGUCAUCCCAGAAAAUCUAGUAUAUGACAGUGAUUCAGAAGAUGACAUAGAUGAUAAACAUCGAGACUGGGACAGUUUUGUGAGUACUGAGAAGGCUUUCAAAUCCAUGCCUAAAUGUGGAUAUAGGAAACAAGGUGAAGAAAUGGUAACCAAACAUGAUAUGACUAUGUCCAGUCGCCGAAAUGCAUGUCGGGUAAUGGAAUUCCCUCCAGAGUUUCAGACAGGAGAUGGUGGUGGGUUUGAUAUGCAGCUAUCCAAUAAAGUGUUCAACAGCUUGAAAGUCUACUCACGCAGUGAAGAAUCCCGAAGGCAUCGUUUACAUGACAAGACUGAACAAGCAACAGCAGAAAUGUGUGUUGAUACCCAUACCCGUUUGCUGCUGUAUCGCCUCGUGAAUCAAGCGGUAUUGGACAGAGUGAAUGGUGUUGUCAGCACUGGCAAGGAGGCUGUCAUUUUUCAUGCUGAUGGUGGAGCUGGAAGAAACUGUGUUAUACCCAAGGAAUGUGCCGUCAAAAUUUUUAAGACAACCUUGAAUGAAUUCAAAACACGAGAUAAAUACAUAGAGGAUGAUUACAGAUUCAAAGAGAGGUUUUCAAAACAAAAUCCCAGAAAAAUUAUACAUAUGUGGGCAGAAAAAGAGAUGCAUAAUUUGAUGAGAAUGCAGAAACAUGGUAUUCUUUGUCCUGAGGUUGUAGUUUUAAAGAAACAUAUCCUGGUUAUGUCCUUUAUUGGAGAAAGUCAUAAACCUGCUGAAAAGCUGAAAGAAGCCUUUCUAAAACCUACAGAACUGACAGAAGCUUAUUGUCAGACUACUGCAGGAAUGAAAAGUCUGUAUGAAAAUGCUCAGUUGGUGCAUGCAGAUUUAUCAGAGUACAAUAUUUUAUGGCACAAUAAGCAGUGCUGGUUCAUUGACGUCAGUCAGGCCGUAGAUCGCAACCAUCCAAAAGCACUCGAGUUCUUGUACAGAGAUUGUGUUAAUAUUUCGACAUUUUUUAAGAAGAAAGGUGCAGAUGACACAAGGUCUGCAGAGGAACUCUUCACACAUAUCACAGGUUUCCGUGUGGCUGAAGGUGGUGUUGGUGUACUUGAACAGGUUAAAGAUUUUGAGCGAAAUGAAGAAUUACUAACUCAUGAACAGGCAGAGAAAUAUUAUCCAUUUGAACAUUGCUGGGAACAGUCAAAGAAUGAGUAACAAUACCAAACUGUUUCAUAUUCAAAAUCUGAAAUGCCAUGUGUCUUCUGUAUACUAUAAACUGUCCAGAAUAUAACAAGUUUUAGGACUUUUGUCUUGAAUAUUUAAUUCUGAUUACUGGUAAAAUGGUGGUUCUCAUGUGUAGUUCAGUGUUGACCUAAGAGAGGCAUUUGUUCAAGAUUAUUCAGGUUUUAGUUUAUUAUCAAGGCAUAAUGGGAACAUAGUCCCUAUGUUUAUAAAUUGGUGGCAGUUGUGAUUGUGGACCUUGGCAGUGUCUCUUUCCUGCCAGGAUAAUAAAAUGAUUUGCCUUAAGGCUGUGUAGUGUAACACUAUUAACACCACAUAUAUAUAACCUAAUUUGGAAAUAGUAAUACAAGUAUUUUUUUGUGUGGAAAAAAUUGUCUAGGAAUGCAGAGGUGAACCAUCAAAGCUCAGUUAACAAGUUCCAUCUUUAAUUACUAUAUGAAAGAAGACCCAUAUGUUUCUUAGAUUGCUUCAGCUUUCAGCAGCUGGUGUUAAAUUUUGUGGAUAUUAAUAUGAAGGACUACUGUGUAUCAUAGAUUAAAGGCAAUGGUGGUGGUUACAGAAUUUUAUUUGCAUAUAUUUUCUGCAGGGUGUAAAAUUUGCCUGUUUGAUAAUGUAUUUGUGCAAAAUGAUUGUAGUUAGGCUGGGGAUUUAAUAAAAUGUGUUCAUUUCCUGUG